AUGAGUGCACCUACGUUCGACGCCUCUCUCUCCCGCGAAGCUCUGAGUUCUGACUUUGACCUGACCAUUCGCCAGCAGCCCGACCGGGCGCGCGUGGCCGGGGGCAAGGAGAAGGAGCGUAAACCUAUCGACCCUCCUCCCAUCGUACAGCUACGAGUGCGAGAGGAGGGGACAUAUCUCGCUCAUUUCGGUGCCGCCGUCACAGGCGCUAGCCGGAACCCUGGUUUCGUCCUGCACCGCUUAAAAGAUGUGGACAACACUGAUGGCGGUUUCUUUGUGUUUGGGGACUUGUCCGUCAAGAUUGACGGCGAGUUCCGCUUGAAGUUCACCUUGUUCGAAAUGCGACGGGAUAUGGUUGUCUAUCUCAAAACCAUCCUGUCAGAGCGCUUCACUGUGUACCCUCCGAAGAGCUUUCCAGGCAUGAUGGAGUCUACUUUCCUGUCUCGAUCAUUUGCGGAUCAAGGAGUGAAGUUGCGUAUCCGCAAGGAGCCCCGCACAGGAAUGGCAAUGAAACGAGCGGCUCCACCGCCGGACUACUCUCAUGGGCUCCCUCCGCGAUCUCCAGAUCGGCAGCCAGUCCAGAUUCCUCCUGCGUCAGCAGGAUUCAGAUACCCUGCGAGUACUCAAGAUUACGGGUACGCUGCCUAUGGGGCACCUACUAAGCGCCAUCGUACUUCCAUCGAUUAUGGACGACAGAGCAUGUAUCCUGACCCGGAACGAAUGGCUCGCCCCAUGGAUACCUAUGGCCAGCCAAUAUACCAGCAGCAUCCCAAUGCUUAUCAGACGCCUGCCAUGCAGUACUCGACGGGUCAGGUCGUGCCAGACUACGGGAUGUCCUAUGGCCUCCCACCGUCAGCUUCCAUCCCCCAAAUGUCCGAUCCCACUCGAAGCAGCCAGCAAGCUGCAGUGGGUCAGUUGAUGGCAAUGAACCAACCUGGCACACCUACCUCGGACUCGAAAGGCGCAAUGAUGGCUCAAGAUUAUUCUCGGGCUGGCUACCCGGCCAACUCCACCGUCCUCCCUCCGUUGCAGGCAGGCUAUCCCCAGGGCACGAAUGGCGGCUCGCGCAACUACUUUGAGCAACCCUCGCCCGCGGUGACCCCGGUUCUCCCUUCACAGAUGGUUGGCGGCGAUCGAUUUGGCUCCGCGCCCACGGACUUUGACAUUCGACCCCCCGGAUCUGCUAAUGGAACUCCACGAUGA